CUAACUCACAUUAUUAUUUGUAGAUCAGUCAGUCACAAUUUACCCAUGAUACAUUACGGUUUUGAUCAUCCGGUCAGUUUACAGAAGCUCGAGCUGGGUAAACUUAAAUUUAACAUAGUCAGUGCGAUAAGUUUGAAGGCGAAUGCAUGCACAUUAUUUGUGCUGUGCUAUUAUAACUGGGUUUUGUAAUCUUGUUGUUAUUGUUUUAUUGAGAAUAACAAGUAUCACACAUGCGUAAAUUACACGCAGUUUUGAUACGUUUCCGUAAAUUACCGCUUCUUUGUUCGUCACACCUUAUUGGCCGUGUUCGAGAGCAUCAAAACGACUGCAUGCGACUGCCGACUGAUUGAUCUACAAAUCACCCUGCAUCAUAAAUAGCAACUUAUUAUGAUUUGGAGAUCAGUCAGGCAGUCACAAUUUACCCAUGAUGCAAUGCGGCUGCGAUCCUCUCGAACACGGCCAUUGUGGGAAGUGGUGGUGCUGAAGAGGCAACAACGAAGAUGGCGUGCUGUGGGAAUUGCUUAUGUUGUCACUGCUGCUGCAGGGAUGAAGAUACCCGAACACCCGAGGAACUGACUAUUCUUGGGGAAACUCAAGAUGAAGAGGAUGAGAUCCUUCCAAGGAAAGAUUAUGAGAGCCUGGAUUAUGACAGGUGCAUCAAUGAACCAUAUGUUGAAGUUCUGGAGGAGAUGAACAACAAGAGAGCCAAAAAGUAUGAAGCUGUGAGGUGGAUGCUAGUGUUUGCCAUUGGAGUUUCAGUAGGCCUGGUGGGUGUUUUUGUGGACUUUUUUGUACGCCUUUUCACUCAGCUCAAAUUCAACUUGGUGGGAAAAUCUGUGGAGGAGUGCAGCGAGAAAGGCUGCCUGGCUCUUUCGCUUCUUGAGCUACUGGCCUUCAAUAUGAUGUUCAUCUUCAUCGCCAGUGUGUUGGUCCUCAUUGAGCCUGUAGCUGCAGGCUCGGGAAUCCCCGAGAUCAAGAGCUACCUGAACGGAGUAAAGAUACCUGGAAUAGUCCGGCUACGGACUUUCAUCUGCAAGGCUAUCGGAGUCCUCUUUACCGUAUCCGGAGGUCUGUUUGUGGGGAAGGAGGGUCCAAUGAUCCACAGUGGAGCCAUCGUGGGAGCUGGACUCCCUCAGUUUCAGAGCAUCACUUUCAAGAAGAUCAACUUUGACUUCCCCUACUUCCGCAGUGACCGGGACAAGCGGGACUUUGUGUCGGCGGGGGCGGCGGCUGGGGUGGCGGCUGCGUUUGGGGCACCAAUAGGGGGCACCCUCUUCAGCUUGGAGGAGGGCUCCUCAUUCUGGAACCAGGCGCUCACCUGGAAAGUGCUCUUCUGCUCCAUGUCUGCUACGUUCACCCUCAACUUCUUCCGCUCUGGGAUCAACUACAACAAAUGGGGCUCGUUCCAGCUGCCUGGCCUGCUCAACUUUGGAGAGUUCAAGUGUUCAGACGGGGAUAAGAAGUGCCACCUGUGGACGGCGGUUGACCUGGCCUUCUUUGUCCUGAUGGGGGUGGCGGGAGGGUUGCUGGGGGCCUUCUUUAACUGUAUCAACAAGAGGCUGGCCAAGUACCGCAUGAGACACGUCCACCCCAAGGCCAAGUUUGUCAGGGUUCUAGAGAGUCUGCUGGUUGCCAUGGUGACCACGGUGGUGAUCUUUGUGGCAUCCAUGACAUUGGGUGAAUGUCAUGACCUGGCCUCCACAAUCACCAACAACAACACGACAGCUCUGGUGUCCCUCAAUGAAGACGUCAUCAACUCUACAAUCCGCCAGUUCUUCUGCCCCAACAAGACGUACAACGACAUGGCCACUCUGUUCUUCAACCCUCAGGAGGUGGCCAUCCACCAGCUCUUCCACCAGGACGGUACAUUCAGCCCUGUGACGCUGAUUGUGUUCUUUGUGCUGUACUUUUUGUUGGCGUGCUGGACGUACGGCGUGUCGGUGCCCAGCGGCCUCUUUGUGCCCUCGCUGCUCUGUGGCGCCGCUUUCGGACGCCUGGUGGCCAACCUCCUCAAAAUCAACCUGGGGAUGGACAUCUACUCUGGAACCUUUGCUCUGAUUGGUGCAGCCGCCUUCCUGGGAGGUGUGGUCCGGAUGACCAUCAGCCUGACUGUCAUUCUCAUCGAAUCGACCAAUGAGAUCACCUACGGCUUGCCCAUUAUGAUAACCCUCAUGGUGGCCAAGUGGACGGGGGAUUUCUUCAAUAAGGGCAUCUAUGACAUCCACAUUCAUCUGAGAGGAGUGCCACUGCUGGAGUGGGAGACAGAGGUCGAGAUGGACAAACUGACAGCCAGUGACAUCAUGGAACCCAACCUGACGUACGUGUACCCCCACACGCGCAUCCAGUCCCUGGUGAGCAUCCUGCGUACCACCGUCUACCAUGCCUUCCCCGUGGUCACCGAGAACAGGGACAACGAACGGGAGUUCAUGAAGGGCAACAUCCUCAUCAGCAAUAACAUCCGCUUCAAGAAAGCAAGCGUGCUGACGCGGGCCGGGGAGCAGCGGCGGCGCUGCCAGUCCAUGAAGUCAUACCCGUCCAGUGAGCUGCGCAACGUGUGUGACGACCAGCUGGCGGCCGUGGUGCCUGCUAUGGAGGAGGGCCAGGAUAUGCUGCAGCAGAUGCUGGAGAGGAGACAUGCACCCUACCCUAACCUGUACCCAGACCAGUCCCCGAGCGAGGAGUGGACCAUGGAGGAGCGCUUCCGACCUCUGACCUUCCACGGCAUCAUCCUGCGCUCUCAGCUGGUCAACCUGCUGAUCCGCGGCGUCUGCUACGCAGAGAACCAGUCGAGUGCCACGCAGCCGAGACUGUCGUACGCUGAGAUGACGGAGGACUACCCCCGUUUCCCAGACAUCCAUGACCUAGACUUGGCCCUUCUCAAUCCCCGCAUGAUAGUGGACGUCACCCCGUACAUGAACCCUUCCCCCUACACAGUGUCCCCAAACACACAUGUGUCCCAAGUGUUUAACCUGUUCAGGACCAUGGGCCUUCGACACCUGCCUGUGGUCAACGCAGUAGGAGAGAUUGUGGGAAUAAUCACACGACACAAUUUAACCCACGAGUUCCUCUUGGGGAAACUCAGACAGCAUUACAUCACCAUUUGAGCUCCAAGGUCCAGUCUUUAAAGCCGUCAAGAGUCACCCACGUCUUGCAAUCCCUCCUUCAACUGGACCUGUACCUUACUUUUCCAUGUCUUAUCCAUUCCCCCACACUCUGUACGACACGAUGGGCACACACCUCUGUAACGAGAGGUUAAAGGAUUACUUUUGUCUGCUCCGGAGCCUCUACAGCCCAAGACAUCCCCCCCCUGUAUCCCAAGUGUCCACGCUUUACCAACAGACCGACUUUCUCAUCUUUAUCACUGUAACACUCUUGUUUUGAUUUGUGACUGUACAUUUGAAUUUUAUGUUUUCUCUGUGUAUUUAAAUGUAUUAUACUAUAUAUUUGCGAAAAUAACAUUUCACUGUGCCGCCAGGGGUUUCGAUCAAAGUAGGUUUUUCCUGUAGUGUUAUCAAAAUGUCACAUUGCGGACUAUUUCUAACCUAGGCAUAUGUGUGUAGCUGCAUUAACACACAUACACAAUUGCACUCGCAUAUGUUAAGCUUAACAGAGGACAGUUCAUCUCACAAAUAUUCAGGCAGCAAUGUUAUGGGUGUGUUUCGAAAGGACAGAGGAAGAUGGAGGAAUAUAGUGUAUGUCAAGACUGGAUAGAAUCGACCAAUGUUUUUUUUUGUUUUCAUUUUGAGUUAGAGGGUGUGGGACCAAGAAAGGUCCAGCAUAUUUUCUAGACAGAAAAGGGUGGACAUUUGUUUGUCAGUAUUAAGUACCUCUGUAAAAUCUUUGUGGAAAUGUUGCCGUUGUUCACCUUGUAGAUUCACAUUGCAGGGAACCAAUAAUGUGGUGACUUUCUGUCUAGUUUCCCCAUCCAUGUAGGUUGGGUUGGUAGUACUUUCAAGGUAGAAUCCGCAAUAUGACAUUAUCACACAACUCAAGAGAUGGUGUAAUGGUGCUUUCAAGACUGGGAACUCAGGGAAAAACAAGGGUCAAAUCAGGACGUCAGUGAUCUUCAGGUCAGAAAGUCGAGGCUCUAGAAAGAGGUCUGAGUUCCCCACUUGGAUGACCGUUCAAAACAAAUUUUUCUGGUUCCCAGUUGUCUUGUGCUCACUGAAGUCGAAAGUCGGAGAUUUUCGAGUUCCCAGUUGUUUUGAACGCAGCAUAAAUUGGGAUAAGCCAGUAAUGUCUGUGCUAAGUUGAUGUGUGUAAGUAGGGCGUUUGCCCACUGUCUAUUAGGGGUGUAAUGGUUCACCAAACCCACGCUUCAGUACAUAUUGCGGUUUUGGGGUCAUGGUUCGGUCUCGGUAUAACGGGAAAAUUAAAUGCCAUUCACAAUCUUCCUGGCAUUGUCGGUUGGGACAGGAUUGUUAUGUUGAGUCUCAAGUUUCCACUCUGAUGCUGCGUUUGUAACCAUGUGGGAGGUGGGAAUUUACCAGUUUUCAAGUCCAUAAAUAAAUAUCAGUUGGAUGCAUUCAUGUGAUUGGAUCUCGUUGAGAAACGCUGAUUGACUAAUGGCCAACAAGCUGCGUCAACCAUAAACUAAAAGUACAGCUAUCAUGCGUGCAAACAAAUUAUAGUUUCAAAACCUCAGUAAUGGAUGCUGUAAUGGUGUUUUCUUUUGCAUUUAACUGCCAAAGAUUCUCUUAAGUGGCCAUUUCUGUCAUAGGUGACUACAGGGGUCACCAUCCAUGUGCGAGAAGUGGUUGCUCAGGAUGAUCGACAAAUUUCCCACAAGUAAUUAAUUACCAGUUAGAGGGCUGUUCAAGUGGAUUUUUCCUAGUAGUAUGUGGUAAAUUCCCACUUCCCACUUGGUAACAAAUGCACCAUGACUCUGCCUACUUCAGUGCCAGAUGCACUGGUGCAAGAGGGAAGUUCCUAACAUGGCUCGAUCACUUUCACGAGGUGCUGAAACCAACUAUUCUCACCUACUGAGACUGGGUGCAUAUCCGUGGCUAUAAACCAAAGACAGGUUCAAAAAAUAUAUACACUUAGCCAAACUAUCACUCUUGUAAUUUAUUUGUCCCGGUCAGAUUUAGCUGCUUGAAUUUAGAGGAGAGACAUUGUUUCUUUGUGUUUCUGUCUUGCGCCGGUAUACUGGAGUGAUGUCGGCGUAAAUGUGCCAACAUAUUUGAGGUGUUGGCAGCUGCAUAGGUGACAUUGUUAUCCACAACUCUAUCCAUUGCGGUUGUAAUUUACUGGGAGGAAACCAAAAUGUUCUCAAACUUGAGAUCUAAAUGAUGAUGGAGGAUCCUCUAAUUCUGGUUCGUUGACCCCACCACUCGCCAUUAUGCAGAACAAAUUCUUUGCUGCGCCUCACAAAAUUUUGAAAUGCUCAAAAAUAAGAUUACAAUUAAUUACAAUGUGCACAUAGACUGUACUUGUUUUAACGGAAUAGCCUGAAAUGUUGUUUUCAGAUCAGAUUUACUCGCGGCGUAGGCCUACAAUGCAGCAUAGGCAUAGCCUAUAGGCCUAGUGUUUUUAUGUUGUAAAUAAAAACAUUUUAACGUAUUUUAAUUUGGGUUCACAGUGUGGACUGUUUGGUACAAAUACAUGUACGGUUACACCCUUGCUGUGUAUGGUGAUGUUAUAUUGCAGAGUCUACCUUUUUUAACAUGUGCUUAAACAUGAUGAGGCCAGUGCAGCUUUUUUAUAAAUAGUAAAGAUGGAUGUAAAGUGAAUCAAUUAUGACAAACCAUGAUGGCACAAAGUGCCUUCAGAAAGUAUUCACAGCGCUAGACUUUUUCCAUACUUUGUUGUGUUACAGCCUGAAAUGUCUUGAGUCAAUAACUACUCAACACCUUUUGUUAUGGCUAGCCUAAAUCAGUUCAGGAGUAUCUAUUGAUAGAUGGGUAAAAAGCAGAUGUUGAAUAACCCUUUAAGCAUGGUGAAGUUAUUAAUUACACUUUGGACACCCAGUCACUCACUACAAAGAUUCAGGCGUCUUUCCUAUCUCAGUUGCCAGAGAGGAAGGAAACCGCUCAGGGAUUUCACCAUGAGGCCAAUGGUGACUUUAAAACCGUAGCAGAGUGUAAUGGAUGUGACGAGAUCUGAGGAGGGAUCAUAAACAUUGCAGUUACUCCACUAUACUAACCUAAAUGACAGAGUGAAAAGAAGGAAACCUGUACAGAACAAGGCACUUAAGUAAAACUGCAAAGAAGUUAACGCUUUGUAUUUCAGGACAAAAAGUUAUGUUUUGUGCAAAUCCAGCACAACACUGAGUACCACUCUUCAUAGUGGAGGCUGCAUUAUGUUAUGGGUAUGCUUGUCAAAAGAAUUGCACAGGCAAAAUCUAAUACAAGACUUGAAAAGGGCAUUCUAGCAAUUAUCAACAACCUGCUUCAGAGCAUAAAGAAUUUUAAAAAGAAGAAUAAUGUGCAAAUAUUGUAAAUCCAGGUGUGCACAGCUCCGAGACUAACUGAGAAAGACUCACCUCUGUAAUCCAUGCCAAUUCUGAUUCUAACAUGUUUAUUUUAUAUGGCAAAUCAGUUAGGUAAAAAAUUCAUAUUUUCAAUGACGGCCUAGGAACAGUGGGUUAACUGCCUGUUCAGGGGCAGAACGACAGAUUUGUACCUUGUCAGCUUGUCAACCUUGUCUGAAGGGGGGAAAAAAAUUGAAUCAAUUUUGAAUUCAGGCUGUAACACAACAAAAUGUGAAAUAAGUUAAGGGGUCUGAAUAAUUUCCACAUUUGUUACGUUACAGCCUUAUUCUAAAAUGGAUCUAAAAAAAGAAAAUCCUCACUACCCUAUACAUUUUUGCUAAUUAAUUUAAAAAAAUAAACCCAUACCUUAUUUAUAGAAGUAUUCUCAACCCUUUGGUAUGAGAUCACAAGUGCGUCAUUAUGGGGUAUUGUGUUUAGAUUGAUGAAAAAUGAUUUUUUCGUCCAUUUUAGAAUAAGGCUGUAAUGUAACAAAAUGUGGAAAAAGUCAAGGGGUCUGAAUACUUUCCGAAUGGACUGUAUACUCUAAGCAUUCCUUGUUAUGUUUGUCAUGUUUUUUGCCUUUGUUUUAUUUAAGAGUUUAUUUUUAUGAAAUGUUAUUUGUAUGAUUUGCUACAUGUACUAUAAAGGAUAUAAUGAUAAGCCGUUACAUUUGGUCUAGAACAAGAUAAAUAGUUGUUACUUUGGGGGGGUAUUUGUUUGUAGAAUUGCCAUAGCGUGGGUUGCAAAAUGUAAGGGUAUCUUUCCCAAAAUUCUCGGGUUUCAGGAAUCGUCCAACCAGGAUUUCUGGAAAACGGUGGAAUUUUGGGUAAGUCAACAUCCACACUAAAUGUGUCUCUGCAGAUGACAUGCAUCAGAUUAAGUUGUAUGGAAAAUGGACAGAUGGUAAAUGUGCUAUGCUUAGCCAUCGUCAGGACCAGAGGGACCGGUUUCCCCCACCCCCUCCAAAUAACAUUAUGGACACACCAGUGUUUAGUAAAUCUGCUGUGAAGGUUUUGGCUUUGCUCUGAGCUUGGUGAUACGUUUGUGGAAGCUUGACAUACCGUAUGUAGAAAAGCAAGCCCAUGGCAAACAACAUAGGUCCCUGGGAAAGAGAAAGCAGAAACCUCUGUCUUGUGCCUUGACAUUGCUCUUCAAAAUAAAGAUCCCUUUGUUUUGUAAAUCAUU